CAGUGCAGGCACGCGGCUGAGUACGGAGCUCCGCCGGACGUGCCCGCCGCCCGUGCCUCGCUCGCCUGGCCUCGAGCGAGGACAUAAUAGACGCACCCGGCAGAGCUGGACGUGGCCUUCGGCUUGGGCCGGACGAGGAUGGAGUGACCCCGCGGGCCCUGGCCACGCAGACUCGGCUGGACGCCCGCGGCGCGCUCACACCUCGGAGUCCGCACUCACAGCCGCUCCAGGAAAGUGCGCGCGGUGCCAGACGUCGCCAUGGACCGCGGCCGCCCGGCGAGCAGCCCCCUGAGCGCCCGCGCUGAGCCGGCGUCUCCAGCUGCGACCACCCGCGACUCGAGCCCAGUGAGAACCGGCCUGGGGCCGGCGGGCCCCGGAGUCGUGGUCGGAGCGCGCUCCGGGGGCGGGCGGCCGGCGGCGGCGAACGCAGCGCGGGAGCGCAGCCGCGUGCAGACCCUGCGCCACGCGUUCCUGGAGCUGCAGCGCACGCUGCCGUCGGUGCCACCCGACACCAAACUGUCCAAGCUGGAUGUGCUGCUGCUGGCCACCACCUACAUCGCCCACCUCACCCGCAGCCUGCAGGACGACGCCGAGGCGCCUGCAGAUCCCGGGCUGGGCACCUUGCGAGGCGAAGGUUACCUGCACCCGGUCAAGAAAUGGCCCAUGCGAUCAAGAUUAUACAUUGGUGCUACUGGUCAGUUUCUGAAGCAUUCGGUGUCUGGAGAGAAAGCAAAUCAUAGCAACACUCCAACAGACUCACAGCCUUAGGAUCUCUCCUGGGGGGCCCUGUACAAGUACUGGCUCUUUAAUACUAUGAAAUAAAAUUUUAUUUAUUAUAUCAAAAAUAGCAAACAUUUCUGAAGGUCUACUUUGGAGCCCAUAGUUCAAAGUCAAUAUUUAUCUAAGUAACUAUGAAAUUAAAUGACCAGUCCUUUAUAAAUCACACAGCUUACCUAUCUAUUCAUUGUGAGAGUUACUGCUGUAGAAUGCAAGAAAAGUUACUAGAAAAGAAGAAAAAGGGCUGGUAUGGAUCAAGCUAUAGAGCACCUGCUUAACAAGCAUAAGGCCCUGAGUUCAAACCCCAGUGCCACCAGAAAAAAAUUAACACAUAAGAGCAAACAAUUGUGCAUAUGUUCAAAGAGUGCACACAUUUUCUUUAUCCCUUAUAAAUAGGUGAUUAACAAUCCAGUGCCCAUGGUUCAUGCCUGUAAUCCUUGCUACUCAGGAAGCUGAGAUCUGAGGAUUGUGAUUCAAAACCAGCCCAGGUUGGUUAUAUGUGUGAGACUCCUAUUUUCAAUUAACCACCCAAAAAAGAGCCCAAAGUAGAGUUGUAGAUGAAAUGGUAGAGUGCUAGUCUUGAACAAAAAAGUGCAGGGACAGUACCCAGCCCCUGAGUUCAAGCCCCCAACCGGCAUACACACACACACACACACAAGCAUAUUAGCAGUCUAAAGAAUAAAAUCUGUAUUUGUAAUAUAACAAUACUUCAUUUAUUGUGAAAACCAGUGUGUGCUUUUAUCAGGUCUAUGAAGCUAUUUCAGUUAUGAUAUCAUUUAUUCACCUUGGAUUAUAUAUGUGAGUAUAAAAAUUGCAGUAACUUGUAUCACUAGUAGUUUUUCUCUCUUGGAAAACUUGCUUGAACUAUUAAAAAAUGAUUUGCUCUAUAAGGCAUAACUACUUUUCAAGAGGUUUCUUUGAUAUUAAGAUGUGACUUCAGUGUUUCCUAAUUGUGGAAGGCAAGAAUACACGCAGCCAGUAUGAACAGGAUCCAGCUGUCCCUGGCCACAGCAUAAUCCACCCAUCCUCUUUUAGGAUGAGCUAUGGCCACCCUGCAAAAGGUGAAUUUUCAGACAUGGUGUAGGUCUUGAGUGAAUCCCCAUAACCUUCCUCAGCCAGUGCUGGUGUCAGGCUCUUCCUCCUCAUGUCAGCUGUUUAAAACCAAUCAAAUUGGCCGUUACAAAAUGGGAGAACCUGAUUUGGGAAUUCUAGCACACAUCCGCACCUUGAGGAAUUCUAAAGACACAGAACAUCUACAUUGAGAUAAAUUAAGACUGGAGUAGAACCCCCCAAGUCUGCCCGUACUCUAUUGGCAGGCCUCUCCCUUACCACUGCCCACCAUUAAAUGCCCAGGAAGUAGCUGGUUUCGUUAUACCAGUCAUUUCAACAGGAGCCUGCUGAAAAUCAUCUGGUAGAUAAAGUAGAUAAACCUUUUCCUUUGAUGAUACACCUUUUCAUUUCUACCCAGUUACAAGUAUUUUAAAACCAAAGAAGUGUUAUUUGUAGUACAGAUUUUUAUGCUAUCUAAUUAAGUUGUUGAAUACACAAACAGCUUUCUUUAAGUUGGAAAAUCUCAGAGUAGAGCUGCACAGAUUGUCAGGGAACUCAUUGAACCCCAAAACAAUGGAGUACAAUUAAGAAAAAAAAAACGGGCAUCAUCUCUUACGUGCUUAUUUUUGUUUCCACCACUUCUUUUCUUCUCGGUUUUUACAAUUCCUCUUUCCAGCUGUGAAAUUCAUUUCUUUCUCAGUAACCCAAUUUGAAAGUUGUUGAAUUUUACCUAAGAUUAGCAAAUAGAGAGGCCUAUUAAUAGGCCUGAUUGAAUUACUAUAAGAGGGCUGGGAAGGUGGCUCAGUGCUUGCCUUGCAUGCAUGAAGCCCUGGGUUCUAU